UCUCGGUAGAGGAGCUCCGAGAAGUGUGUGUUUACGUUUACCACAUUUUCUACCGUCAUGGCAGGCUAUGAACUUUAUACCAAGCAUGCCCGUGUAUGGCUCCCAGAUGCCGUGGAAGUGUGGAAGUCAGCAAAGCUUGUCAAAGAUUAUUCUUCUGGCGACCAAACAUUAUUCCUACAGCUGGAGGAUGAUGGCACAGAGGUGCAGUACAAAGUAGACCCCCGAACACACAAUCUCCCGCCGCUAAGAAACCCCAACAUCCUGGUGGGGGAAAAUGACCUCACAGCGCUCAGCUACCUCAAUGAGCCGGCAGUCUUACACAACAUCAAAGUGCGCUUCAUCGACUCCAAGUUGAUCUACACAUACUGUGGCAUUGUUCUUGUCGCCGUCAAUCCUUAUGAGAGUCUGCCCAUUUAUGAGGCUGACAUCAUCCAUGCCUACAGUGGGCAGAACAUGGCGGACAUGGACCCCCAUAUAUUUGCAGUGGCUGAGGAAGCAUACAAGCAGAUGGCCAGAGAUCAACAGAACCAGUCUAUAAUUGUGAGUGGUGAGUCGGGAGCAGGAAAAACUGUUUCUGCAAAGUAUGCCAUGCGUUACUUUGCUACAGUCAGCGGCGUCUCUGGUGAGGCGGAUAUUGAGGAGAGAGUCUUGGCCUCCAAUCCUAUCAUGGAGGCUCUCGGUAAUGCCAAAACAACAAGGAAUGACAACAGCAGUCGCUUUGGGAAGUACAUCGAAAUCGGGUUUGAUAAGAAGCAUCGCAUAAUUGGGGCUCACAUGAGGACCUAUUUACUCGAAAAAUCAAGAGUUGUUUAUCAGACCUAUGGAGAAAGGAACUAUCACAUAUUCUAUCAACUAUGUGCCUCAUCCCAUUUACCAGAGUUCCAACCCUUCAAAUUAGGUGGGGCAGAUGAUUUCCAUUGCACUAACCAGGGACAGAAUCCAGUCAUUGAUGGAGUGGAUGAUACCAAGGAGAUGUGCAGUACCAGGAGAGCUUUGUCACUAUUAGGAAUCAGUGAAAGACAUCAAAUGGAAAUGUACCAGAUUCUGGCAGCUAUUCUUCAUCUUAGCAAUGUGGAGGUAAAAGAGCAUUCCCAGGACCGCAGCAGCAUCUUGGCAGACGAUGCCCACUUGGUGGUGUUCUGUGAGUUGAUGGGGGUGCCCUAUAAAGAAAUGGCCCACUGGCUCUGCCAUAGGAAACUCAAAGCAACCACAGAAACAUACGUCAAGUGCGUCUCCAAGACGAAUGCAGUCAAUGGUCGCGACGCCCUCGCCAAACACAUCUAUGCCAGAAUUUUUAGCUGGAUUGUUGGCUGUAUAAACAAUGUGCUCAAAUCUGCUGUUAAACAACACUCAUUCAUUGGUGUGCUGGACAUUUAUGGGUUUGAAACAUUUGACAUUAACAGCUUCGAGCAGUUUUGCAUCAACUAUGCCAACGAGAAGCUCCAACAGCAAUUCAACCUGCAUGUCUUCAAACUGGAGCAAGAAGAGUACAUGAAAGAACAGAUUCCGUGGACACUGAUUGAUUUCUAUGACAACCAGCCAUGCAUCAAUCUCAUCGAGGCCAAGCUGGGCAUCCUGGACCUUCUGGAUGAGGAGUGUAAAAUGCCCCAAGGCUCUGAUGGCUCAUGGUCCCAGAAAAUGUACAACACCCUGUUGAAGCAGAAAGAUCACUUUGAUAAACCCAGGUUAUCAAACACAGCUUUCAUCAUCCACCACUUUGCAGACAAGGUGGAGUACCAGUGCGACGGCUUCCUGGAGAAAAACAAGGACACAGUCAAUGAGGAGCAAAUACAUGUGUUGCAAAGCAGCAAGUUUGAUUUCUUGCUGAAGCUGUUUGAGGGUAAUGAAAAAACAACCAGUUCCUCCAAAAGCAUUACUGGAAAAUCUGGCCGCCCACAAAGAGGUAAUAAGAAGACGGUGGGAAUGCAGUUUCGACAAUCUCUACAUUUACUGAUGGACACACUUAAUGCUACUACUCCUCACUAUGUACGCUGCAUUAAACCAAAUGACCAUAAAAACCCAUUCAGCUUGGACCCUGUGAGGGCUGUGCAGCAGCUGCGAGCUUGUGGCAUCCUCGAAACAAUCCGAAUUUCAGCAGCAGGAUUCCCAUCCAGAUGGACUUAUCAGGAAUUCUUCAGUCGUUAUCGGGUCCUCAUGAAGCAAAAGGAUGUCCUCCCUGAUGGAAAAGAGACCUGCAGAAAUGUCCUAAAGAAGCUCAUCCAGGACCAGAACCUGUAUCAGUUUGGUAAAAAUAAGAUCUUCUUCAGAGCUGGCCAAGUGGCCUUCUUGGAGAAGCUACGCUCUGAGCAGCUGCGUAGGGCUUGUGUCAGCAUCCAGAAGACUAUACGCUGUUGGUUGGCACGUAAAAAAUACCUGAGGAUGAAACAAUCUGCCAUCACCAUACAGAGACAUGUGCGGGGUCACCAGGCACGCUGUUAUGUUAAUUGUCUGCGGAGAACAAGAGCGGCUGUUGUCAUUCAGCGCAAUGUUCGAAUGUGGGCGGCAAGGGCACGCUACCGCAAACUACGCUCUGCAUCUAUUGUCAUUCAGUGCUUCUUCAGGACACAUGCAGCCAGAAAGCUCUACUAUAAGUUGGUGUAUGAGCAAAAGGCUUUAGUUAUUCAAAAGUGGGCAAAAGGCUGGCUGGCCAGGAAGCAUUAUCAACGCACUCGGGCCGACAUCAUUCUGCUGCAGAGCUGUGUGCGACGCAUGAUGGCCAAGAAAGAACUGAAGAGGCUCAAAGUAGACGCGCGCUCUGUGGAGCAUUUCAAGGAUCUCAACGUUGGCAUGGAGAACAAGAUUAUGCAGUUGCAACACAAGAUAGACGAGCAGCACAAAGAAGUCAGCGAGCUCGGCGAGAGACUGAACGCUGCAGCAAAGACCCAAGCAAUGGAGCAAGAACGACACUGCAAAGAGAUAGAAAACCUUCAUAGAUCUGAGCAGCAGGCCCAAGCUAAGGCGAAGACGCUCCCCUCGCUUCUGGAGCAGCUCUCCUUUCUUCAACAGGAGCUGGAGAACACUCGCAGAGAGAAGGAAGUCCUGGAAGAUCAGAGAAAGAUUGAUAAGGAGCAAACACAACUGGUGGUGGAGGAGCUGAAUAUGAAGAACAGUUUGUUGAGCAAUGAAAAAGAGGACCUUGACAAGCUCAUCCAAGAACAAACCCAACAAUUGACAGACAUUAAAGGCCAGAUGGAAAACAAGGAACAACUAGAGAAAGAAUUAAUAGAAGAACGCUCCCGGUACCAUAAGCUGUCAAAUGAACAUCUGCAUCUUGAGGAGCUACAUAAAGACCUGAAGGAAGAACUGGAAGUCCGAAUUAGUCCAAGGAAGGAACAAUGGUCACCAAGAAGUCAGAAGCCAGAAUCGGACUACAGCAGUAAAUCUGCUGAAUGUAGUCCCAUUUUAGGCUCAACUAAUGGACGGACCAGCACAGUGGACAAAGGGGAUGAGACCCCCUCGACUGUAGACCUGCCACUCAUUCUGAAGCUUCAGAGAAGAGUUCGAGAAUUGGAAAGGGAAAAACAGUCGCUACAGCGGCAGUUAGACGAGAAGGAAGCCCAAGAGGAAAAUUAUGCAGAGGAGGAGAGGACAGAGCUGGAUUUGGAGACACUGAAGCGUCAAGAGCUGGAAUCUGAAAACAAGAAGUUAAAGCAGGACUUAAGCAAACUGCGCAAGUCUCUGACCAGCGAAAACAGCGAACUGAUGCCCCCCGCUGUGGGCUCUACAACUUACGGCAUACUGCUGGAACAACUCACCUCUUCCAAUGAAGAGCUGGAGAUGCGAAAAGAGGAAGUGCUUCUUCUCCAGUCACACUUAGUGCGCCAAGACGCUAUGAAAUACAAAGAUUCGGCAAUCGGAGAGGGUGUGAAAUUAGAACUUGGUGACCUACCCUCAUUCCAAGAUCUUGAUAGGUCCACAGAUAUCCAUACACUCAAUGAGGAUGGAGAGCUGUGGCUGGCUUACGAGGGCUUGAAAGAGACCAACAGGAUUCUGGAGUGUCAGAUGCAGACACUGGAGAAGCAGCACAGGGAACAGAAUGAGAAGCUGCAGGAUGAGGUGAACACGUUGAAGGAGGAAAAGGAGCAGCAGCAGAAGCUCUUGGCUCAGACUUUGGUCCUGCCUGAAGAUGCUCGCAUUGAAGCAGGCCUGAAGCUGGAGAUCACUCGGCUCACUAAUGAGAAUCUGGAACUCAUGGUGCAACAGGACAAACAAGACAAAACUAUAAGCAAUUUGAAAAAAGAACUGCAGCUCUACAUGAACAAAGUAGAACAGUUUGAAGCUAAUCAAAAGAACACACACUUAAUGACAAACACUCCUGCCAAAGCUGUGAGCAUUCCACGCAAAGAGAAGGAGUACCAGGGAAUGUUAGAGUACAAAGAGGGUGACGAGAACCGGCUGGUGAAAAAUCUGAUUUUAGAUAUGAAGGCCCGUGGUGUUGCCUUAAGCUUCCUCCCAGGACUUCCUGCUUAUGUCAUCUUUAUGUGUCUGCGAUAUGCUGACCAUGUCAAUGAUGAUCAGAGGGUCAGCACGCUGCUGAAUUCUGUCCUCUGCAGCAUUAAAGGAGUCAUUAAGAGGAGAGGAAAGGAUUUUGGAGUGUCGUCUUUCUGGUUGGCCAACACGUGUCGACUACUUCAUUGCCUGAGGCAAUAUAGUGGAGAUGAGACAUUCAAGACCCACAACACUUCAAAGCAGAACCAGCAUUGCCUGACCAACUUUGAACUGACUGAGUACCAGAACGUGUUGGGCGACCUAGCUGUCCAAAUUUACUGUCAGCUCAUCAAAAGCAUGGAAGACAUCUUGCAACCCCUCAUAGUGUCAAGCAUGCUGGAGCAAGAAUCCAUCCAUGGCGUUCUAGGGUCCAAACCAACAGGUAUGAGGAAGAGGAGCUCAAGUUCCCCAGAGGAAGAGGCUGUUACAGUGGAAGUCCUCCUGCAACAACUUGGACACUGGCACAUCACCAUGUGUCAGCAUGGGAUGGACUCUGACCUUAUUAAACAAGUGGUCCGGCAACAGUUUUAUGUCAUAUGUGCUGUCACCCUGAAUCACCUGCUGCUAAGAAAGGAUAUGUGCUCCUGGAGUAAAGGCCUGCAGAUCAGGUACAAUGUGUGGCAGUUGGAGGAGUGGCUGUCAGAGCGGGAUAUGUCCAACUGCGGUGCCAAGGAGUCGUUGGAGCCUCUUGUACAGGCCGCACAGCUUCUGCAGGUCAAGAAGAAGACCGAGGCUGACGCUCAGGCUAUUUGCAACAUGUGCGCAGGCCUCACCACUGCACAGAUCGUUAAAGUGUUGACCCUUUACACGCCUGUGAUUGAGUUUGAAGAGCGCGUGACAACCACAUUCAUUACGACCAUUAAAGACAUUUUGAAAGACAGAGAGAAUUCCUCCACAUUGAUGAUGGACGCUAAGAAGAUAUUUUCUGUAACGCUUUCUUUCUCACCGUCCUCCGUGGCGCUUGAGACCAUCCAAAUCCCCACUAGCCUUAACCUGGGCUUCCUUCACCGCAUCUAAAGCUAAACAGUGCAUUUUCCUGUUGGUCAUUUGUACUAGUUUAUGCGUAACUGUGUAUAUACGUGCCCUAUGAAAGUGGAUUUAAAGUACCAAUAGAGUUGAAAAACAUGUUGCCUCUAUAUUAAAGUUAUUGUCAUAUAUAUAUCGGAUUUAUGACACCAAAAGACUUCCAAAGUUUGCGAAUAAAUAGGUAUGAUCAAAAUAGUAUAAAUCUCAGAGAUUCCCGAGCCAAUUUGAGAGUUAAUGAGCAAGCCAGUCACGUGAUCUGUGAUGUGGAAGUAGGAACUACAGAUCCCAUCCCCCUCAACAACAAUGCUAAUCAAUCAGACUUUGUGAGAGCCAACGACGAUUACUUUGGUAAAAUUAUGAUCCAGAACCUUAUAUUUUCGAGACCGAACACAAAGAGGACGAGUAAUAAGUUUUAGAAGCCGAGUGUUAAACGGAUGUAGCUUUAUUGAAACACUAGCAUCAGCAGCAUUGCUAGGUGCUAAACAUACAAACUAACCAUAAUAAAAAACACUUACUGUACAAUUUAUGAUCACAUAAUCCUGUUUAGAUGAAGAAUCAAUCACAAUCCUCACAAAGGGUUAAAAAAAAGGUUGCGCAACUUGAGUCUUUUUCGCCAUCUCGAGUAUGUCAAAGUCGACCAGCCUCUCGGCCCGAGGCCACAUUUGUCUACUACCAGGUGAGAGAUGCAUGAAUUAAAAUCUACAAUUUACUUUGAGCAAGUUUGAGAUGAAGCAGAAGCAGCCACCGGCUCUGUGUUUCAACAGUAGAUAGCAGCGUAAGCUAGCAUUAGCUCACUGCUAUCAAUGCGCCGCUAAAAUAGUCAGUUUGCGUUGGCGCUUACAAUUCCAAUAUCACUCAUAUUUGGUUAGAGGGGAACUGCACCUUUUUUGGAAUUUUACCUAUCGUUCACAAUCAAAAAAAAAUGUUUUUUUUUUUUUUUUUGCUUUCUAAUUAUAAAAAUCGGCUCGUUCUAGGUGGCUAGCAAAGCAGCUAAUGGGAGCAAUUAAUUCUACCUCUAAAUCACUGUUAAAAUGCAUUUAAAAAACGUCAAUACUUCACCCGUAUAAUAAUCAAGCUGUAGCGACAAUAUUAUUUAUAGGAACAAACAUGGAGGAACUCUUUUUCUAGUGUUGUAACACAUCUGCAUACUACGGUAUUAGCCGUAAAAGCUAACUACGGCAAGAAAUAAGCUAGCUUCUACAACAACAGGAAACACGUUUGAUUUAGUAAUGCACAACACUGUCACGACACAAAUUUGUACUGACUGAAAAACAUGAACAAUCAUAUUACAAUAUAUGUAAAUUAUUAGCUCACAUUUCAUGUUUUGUUUGUACACAACUGAGUUUGCCAGACAGCUGUGUUGUAAUAACACACAUGGCGAGCUGCGUGUAUCAUGAUCGAUAUUAAAGUGACUCACUCGAUGGACAGUUGUUUGUCUGGUCCAGCUGGCCAGGGACGUUGCCUGUUGAUUUUGGGUAAGCAAUCCAUUUAUGUCGAAAUAGCUUGUCUCCAAGUUCCAUAUUUAUAGCGUCAAAAUCGUUUUCACCUCACUCUUCCGGCUUCCGUCUGCUCCAACGUCUCACUCUUCCUUCGUGUUCGCUUCUAUAAGCAGCAGUAUAUUUCGCUUCAAAAGUGUAAGGCUGUGAAUCCUUAAUUGUCCAAAAGUAGUCGUUUUCGUUGUCUGUUACCAAGUCUGCCAAGAUUAGAACACACACUCGUGUUUGAUUCCGGAAGUAGGAACACAAGUUGUUGCAGGAAGUUGGAAAUGCGCUGCUAUGGAAACGGAAUAUUGAACAUAUUACACAUAUUGUUAUGAACAUGUCUGUUACUAUUUACCAUGAAUUGAUUAACGUGGACCCCGACUUAAACAAGUUGAAAAACUUAUUGGGGUGUUACCAUUUAGUGGUCAAUUGUACGGUAUAUGUACUGUACUGUGCAAUCUACUAAUAAAAGUUUCAAUCAAUCAAUCAAAACUACAUUAUAUACAGACUUGCAGUGUGUAUAUAAAACGUUGAUGGAGGUGUUUUGAAGUUGUUUUCAAGGGCUUUGAAGGCUACAACUGUGACUCCCAUUAGCUGCAUUUUCCAAGCGUUUUUUUAUCAUCCUUAAAAUCGGGAGCAAAAAAAGACUGUGUUCUGGUCUCUCAUCAUGAUUGUGAACGAUAGGCAAAAUUUAAAAAAAAGUGCAGUUCCCCUCUAAUAUUCAGGUCACGACAUGUUAAUAGAAUAUUGUUGGCGGUGUCUGGAUGUCUUCUAGAGGGCUUUCUGGGCGCAAUAGAGGGCCCUUGAUUUGUUGACUCAAUUGUUAGCUAUUUAUUUACGCAUAAAAUGCAUAAAAAAGUCAAGCACAUGUGUUCUUGUCUCAGAAAAGGACUGUGUAGGAGAGACCGCACAUAUAUUUCAAUGUUUGCGUAUUUCCAGUAUGAUUGAUCUAAUAAUAUGGUCAGAGUGCAGAAGCGUUACUACAGUGACGUAGAAUCUACGAAAAUUGCCGAAGAUAUUCGCAGCGCAAUAUUCAAAAUGACUGAAUUUGUGGCAUUUUGUGAUGUUAAGACGGUAUUUUCACAUACUUUGCAGAUUGUAAAUACAAUUGGAUAUGGUUUAAUGCAGGGGUCACCAACCUUUUUGAAACCAAGAGCUACUUCUUGUGUACUGAUUAAUGCGAAGGGCUACCAGUUUGAUACACACUUAAAUAAAUUGCCAGAAAUAGCCAAUUUGCUCAAUUUACCUUUAGCUCUAUGUUAUUAUUAAUAAUUAAUGUUAUUUACACUUAAUUGGAUGGUUUGAAAGAGGAGAAAACACGAAAAAAAUGAAAAUAACAUUUUGAAACAUAGUUUAUCUUCAAUUUCGACUCUUUAAAAUUCAAAAUUCAACCGAAAAAAAGAAGAGAAAAACUAGCUAAUUCGAAUCUUUUUGAAAAAAUUAAAAAGAAUUUAUGGAACAUCAUUAGUAAUUUUUCCUGAUUAAGAUUCAUUUUAGAAUUUUGAUGACAUGUUUUAAAUAGGUUAAAAUCCAAUCUGCACUGUUAGAAUAUAUAACAAAUUGGACCACGCUAUUUUUCUAACAAAGACAAAUCAUUAUUUCUUCUAGAUUUUCCAGAACAAAAAUUUUAAAAGAAAUUCAAAAGACUUUGAAAUAAGAUUUAAAUUUGAUUCUACAGAUAUUCUAGAUUUGCCAGAAUUUUUUUUUUGAAUUUUAAUCAUAAUACGUUUGAAGAAAUAGUUCACAAAUAUUCUUUGUCCAAAAAACAGAAGCUAAAAUGAAGAAUUAAAUUAAAAUGUAUUUAUUAUUCUUUACAAUCAAAAUAUAUAUUUACUUGAACAUUGAUUUAAAUUGUCAGGAAAGAAGAGGAAGGAAUUUAAAAGGUAAAAAGGUAUAUGUGUUUAACAAUCUUAAAAUAAUUUUUAAGGUUGUAUUUUUUCUCUAAAAGUGUCUUUCUGAAAGUUAUAAGAAGCAAAGUAAAAAAAUAAAUGAAUUUCUUUAAACAAGUGAAGACCAAGUCUUUAAAAUAUUUUCAUGGAUUUUCAAAUUCUAUUUGAGUUUUGUCUCUCUUAGAAUUAAAAAUGUUGAGCAAAGCGAGACCAGCUUGCAAGUAAAAAAAUAAAAUUAAAAAAAUAGAGGCAGCUCACUGGUAAGUGCUGCUAUUUGAGCUAUUUUUAGAACAGGCCAGCGGGCGACUCAUCUGGUACUUACGGGCGACCUGGUGCCCACGGGCACCGCUUUGGUGACCCCUGGUUUAAUGUAUACAAUGAAACACAAUUAGGUAUAUAAAGUAAACUUGUUUUUCCACUCCACUGGUACUUUAAGCAGAUGUAUGCUCCCUUGUAGCAAAUUAUUUUGCUAAUUUUGGUGCAUAAAGUAUAAUGUACCUAUUGUUUAACUUUCCUAUAUGAACAUGUGACCCUCUUGAUAAAUUCAAAAGACAUAUUUCUCUAAUAUUUUGUUUAAGUGGAUUUAUACAAUAUUUUUGAAAGGGUUUGGUAUAGGCAUCAACAUUUAAUUUAAAUGAAAACAUAUUUUCCUUUUGUACUCAUUGGAAGUUAUUUAUGCUACGUUAUUUAAGAGGGAAGAAAAGUGAAAUAUUUGACAAGUUGUUAUAAA